AUGGGUGGUACUUCUUCACCUUGUGCUUCGUGCAAGUUGUUGAGGCGCCGUUGCUCUCCGGAUUGCAUCUUUGCUCCUUAUUUUCCAUCCAACGAUCUCUGCAAGUUUGCCAUGGUGCACAAGGUCUUUGGCUGCAGCAAUAUCACCAAAAUUCUAAAGAAUGUUCCCGUCGAGCAAAGAGGAGAUGCAGUGAGGAGUUUAGUUUAUGAAGCAAAUGCACGAAUUAGAAACCCUGUUUAUGGUUGUGUUGGAAUCAUAUCUAAGCUAGAAACUCAAGUUUUAGAGUUACAAAUGCAGCUUGCAGUAGUUGAGGAAGAAAUUCUCAGCAUAAAAAUGCAGCAAGAAUUUAUCUUCACCAAUGGUGGUACAUAA